AUGAAGGGCAGAAAGAUCGUGAUCUCAGGUGCAGGCCGUGGCCUUGGCCGUGCUUUAGCUAUCGUAGCUGCUUCUCAAGGGGCAAUUCCAAUAUUGCUUGGUCGAUCUCAGAGUGCAUUGCAAGAAGUCAGUGAGACAAUCAAGAGCGACAGUGGUGCAACGGCAUACCCUAUUAGCUGUGAUCUUUCAGAUCCGACUUCCGUGGCUCAGGCGACGAAGGAGAUAGCUGAAACACAUCAUGAUAUUGAUAUCUUGGUCAACAAUGGUGCGCAUUUUACCGAGGGCAGCUUCGAAAGGCAAACCGAUGAUCAGAUCAUGUCGGUCGUGAAUUCAGCAGUCACUGGCACCAUGCUCUUGACACGGCAACUUCUGCCGUUAUUAAGACAACGCCCUCGAGCAGAUAUUCAUAACGUUGUCUCCAUGUCUGGUCUCCAGUACGCAAGGCUCACUGGUGCUUCACUUCCUUUUAGAGCGGCAAAGGCUGCUCAGGAUGGCUUCGCCCAGGGCUUAGUGGAGGAAUUGAAAGGAACAUCUGUACGCGUCACUUCAGUUUAUCCUGGGCUCAUUAAGGAUGUGUCGCCCGCCAGCGUCGAAUGGCAGAAGGAACGUGGUUCUCAUGAGGGCAUAACGAACAAGAACGUUGUUGACACAAUAAUUUACGCACUAUCGGCCCCACCAAAUGUGGCAUUGCGUUCAAUUGUUAUCGAGAGAGCCCAAUCCGAUUUCUUAGUGUAG